AUGGAAUUUCUCUCUCAACGUUGCUCGUCUUGUCAUCUACCGAAAUCCAAAUUGAAACGAUGUGGACUUCUCAUUGGAUUGCUCGUUCUCAAUCUCAUUGCCAUAUGUCUUGUCAGUUAUCUUAUUGCAUACGUAUGGGUUCGCGGUAUUCGUCGUAAUAAUGUUGCACAAUCAACAAAGACCUGGAAUUCGAGUGAUUAUCAAUCGAAUAGUGAAUAUUAUCAAAAUUUAAAAGAAGUCUCGAAUUUCCAUCAAAUCGAUAAUUUACGAUUGGAUCGUCUUCGUUCGCCUCGAUUUCAUCCAAUCAAUGGAGAAAGUGUCAUGUACAUUCGGAAACAAUACCAUAUGCCUGAUUUAAAAGGAUCAACAACAACUUUACAUUGGAUUGAUUUGAAAACAAACCAAACUAUUCAACUAACACGACCGAUUUGGGGUAUACAUGAUCAACAAUUUUUUUGGCUCGACGCGAAAACGGUUCUUUUUCUUUCCAAUCGCGGAUCAUCUCGUUCAUCACAGUUAUUUCAAUUGAAUUUACCGGAGGAUAUAUCAACGGUGAAGAAUUAUCUCGAGCCAAUUCAAAUAACCGAUUAUCCACUUCAUAUGGGCGAUCUUUUAAUUAAUCGGCAAGCAACACGUUUGGCAUUUAGUUGUGAAGUUUAUCCGAACUCAACAAUGCGUGAAACUUCGUAUUACCAAUCGAUUAAACAAGAAGAAAAGAAUCCGGUUUACAAAUUUGAUAAACUAUUCGUUCGGCAUUGGGACGAGUAUCGGCUUGGCCUCCGCCGCCAUCCAUUUCUCGUUUCAAUCCAACGCAACUCUUCAGGAAUAUUCGAAUUGCAAUCGAAACCGCAAGAUAUUCUCUUCGGAAUCGACAGCGAUGCACCGACAAAGCCAUUCGGCAGUGCACGAGCACAAUGGUCAUUCAGUGCAAGUGGAAAUUCCUUUGCUUAUACGAGACAAUAUGACGAAACAAGCGCAGUGGCAUGGUCUACUAAUUUAGAUAUUUACACUGUUGAUUUGACCGCAAAGACCUAUGUGAGUGUCUGUGUAACAUGUGAUAAUUUCGCUGCUGAUGCAGAUCCGAGAUAUUCACCAGUGGAUGAACAUGUCUUAGUUUAUCGAUCACAGUCUGUUCCUGGUUAUGAAUCAGAUCAACACAAAGUCAAAUUAAUCAACGGUUCAAAUCCUCCGAUGGUCUUACUGAAGGAUUGGGAUCGCAGCAUCAAUAGUAUAACAUGGUCAAAGGAUGGUCAAUCACUUUUUCUCGAAUUAGGCGAACAUGCUCGACAUGUUGUUUACAAACUAACUAACAUCACAUCUCCAACAUCGAUGCCCAUUCGUCUUCUAACCAGUGGUUCUUCCAACGAUAUUCAGAUUCAUCCAAUUAAUGAUAACAUCUUUCUCUAUGCUCAUCGAAGUAUUACUAAACCAUUGAAUCUUUAUUUAUACACCUCGCCACUCUCAAUACGAUCAAUAACUGAUCAUAAUACAAAUCUUCUAUCCAAAGUUCGACUUACUACCGCAGUUGAUUUAUUCUCAUUUAUCGGUGCACGAAAUGAAACUAUCUAUGGUUGGCACGUUCCGCCUAUAAAUGGUACAAAUAACAAAACUCCUUUAGUCUUCUAUAUUCAUGGUGGUCCACAGAUCAGUUCUUACGACACCUGGGGUCACAAUUGGAAUUUUCAGUCCUAUUCCGCACAAGGUUACGCAGUCAUUGCUAUUAACUUUCAUGGCUCAGACUCUUACGGACAAAACUUUACGGAUAGUAUCACUGGUGAAUAUGGAACAUUGCCCUAUGAAGAUUUGAAAUUAGGUUUAACAGCAGCGUUGAAACGUUUUUCUUAUCUUGACAGCGAUCGAGUAGUCGCAAUCGGUGGCAGUUACGGUGGCUAUAUGAUCAAUUGGAUUGCUGGUCAUCCGGAAAUGAGUCGACGCUUUCGAACAUUUAUAUCUCAAGCCGGUGUUUUCGAUUUAAGACAUUUAGCUUAUACAACCGAUGAAUUAUGGUUUGCUGAACACGAUUCCGGUGGUUUUACUCCUUUUGAUAAUCUCGAUAAAUACGAACGAGAUAAUCCGAUAAAACAUGUUUUGAAUUGGACCCAGCCAAUGUUAAUUAUUCAUGGUGCACGAGAUUUUCGUAUUCCCGACACGCAAAGUAUAGGUGCAUUUGUCGCUUUACAACGACGUGAAGUUCCGAGUCGAUUGCUUUACUUUCCUUCUGAAGGCCAUGCAGUUGUUAAUCCAUUCAAUUCACUUUUUCUUCACAAAGAAGUGUUUUCAUGGAUUAAAAAAUGGACAACAUAA